AGGCUGUGACCCGGAAGCAGAAGUGACUCCCGCAGGCGAUUGCUGGGGAGCGGCAUCGGCGACCGCAGCUGUAGAAGCGGCAAAUAUCUGUGUGCAGCUCCAAACUAGGAUAGAAGAUGCUAAUUAAAGUGAAGACGCUGACCGGAAAGGAGAUUGAGAUUGACAUUGAACCCACAGACAAGGUGGAGCGAAUCAAGGAGCGUGUGGAGGAGAAAGAGGGAAUCCCCCCACAGCAGCAGCGGCUCAUCUACAGUGGAAAACAGAUGAAUGAUGAGAAGACCGCAGCUGAUUAUAAGAUCUUAGGUGGUUCAGUCCUCCACCUGGUGUUGGCUCUGAGAGGAGGAGGUGGCCUUAGGCAGUGAUGGACCCUCCCUCCACCUUACCUCCUUACCCUGUCCCUCGUAAUGAGGCAUCAUAUAUCCUCUCACUCUGUGGGACACCAGAGCCACUGCCCCCUCUCCUGGAUGCCCAGUCUUGUUUGGUGGGAGACCGUGAGGACCCCAGGAUGCAGUGUUCCUGGCCCAAAGGGCCCUUGGUGGCCACUGGGUUUUAGUUUGCAGUCCUGUGUGCUUCCCUCUCUUAUGGCUAUGUCCCUAGUUGCCAAUAAAAUAUUUCCUGAA